AUGCAGUAUGGGAAGAACGUAAAGGGAUCCGUGAAAGAAAAGGUGGAGAAGAUGACAGCUCAUGACCCGGUUGAAAAGGACAUGGCAGCCCGAAAGGGGGAGGAGAGAAUGGUUGGGGCCAAGCUGAACAAGCGUGAGGCGAUGACGCACAACACCGUAGCUAGACACAAGGCAUCCGUGGGUGGGCCCACGGGGUACACUGCUAGUGGUACUGGGACCCACACGUAUUCCACGUCUGGGGCCACAGGGCAGCCCACUGGGGCCCACCAAAUGUCAGCGUUACCCGGACAUGGUACCGAACAGCCCGCAGGCCAAGUGACCGAGGGAGUGGUGGAAUCACACCCUAUUGGUAUCAACACGAGUACGGGUCGGACCGCAGCCCAUAAUACUGGUGUGGGUAGGAAUCCACCCGGGUAUGGAACUGGUGGGACCUUCAGUUGA